GGCGGUGGCUUCACUUUCCAGGACUCAGAGGCGACCACAGCAGCAGCAGCGGGCAGCAGCCUCAGGAGCCGGAGCUGGAACGGCCGGGGGACGGCGGCGGAGCUAAGGGAUCUAAAAUGUCCACGGAGGCACAGAGAGUUGAUGACAGUCCAAGCACUAGUGGAGGAAGUUCUGAUGGAGACCAACGUGAAAGUGUUCAGCAAGAACCAGAGAGAGAACAAGUUCAGCCCAAGAAAAAGGAGGGGAAAAUAUCAAGUAAAACAGCUGCUAAAUUGUCAACUAGUGCUAAAAGGAUUCAGAAGGAACUUGCAGAAAUUACGUUGGAUCCUCCUCCCAACUGUAGUGCUGGACCUAAAGGAGACAACAUUUAUGAAUGGAGGUCAACUAUAUUGGGACCCCCAGGAUCUGUCUAUGAAGGAGGGGUGUUCUUUCUUGACAUUACCUUUUCGCCAGACUAUCCAUUUAAACCCCCUAAGGUUACCUUCCGAACAAGAAUCUAUCACUGUAAUAUUAACAGCCAAGGCGUGAUCUGUCUGGACAUCCUAAAGGACAACUGGAGUCCAGCCCUAACCAUUUCUAAAGUUCUCCUCUCCAUCUGCUCACUUCUUACCGAUUGCAACCCUGCUGACCCUCUGGUAGGCAGCAUCGCCACGCAGUACAUGACCAACAGAGCGGAGCACGACCGAAUGGCCAGACAAUGGACCAAGCGGUACGCCACAUAGGGGCCUGCGCUUGCGCCCCCGCCGGACCUGUGCAAGCACAUUCACCAAGUGCAUCAAGAGCCUGCCCUCCCCUCCGGACCUCGGUUCUUAUCUUCUUAUUUUUAAUAAAUUUUGAAUCAUUUUGUGGUGGUAUGUCAUCCUUUCCCCCUCCCUUCUCCCGCUUUCCUUUUCCUUUUUUCCUUUGCUCUCCCUGCACACACACACCCCGCAAUUGUAUCCUUUUAAUUUCUAUUAACUUGAAAGAUUUGGGUUCUUUUUUCCCACCUCAGUUUAUUUGGAUGGGAACUUUGUUUUCGGUGCGGACAAUGUUGGAUCUGUAAUAGUAAGAGCUUUCUUACAAAGCUUUGUAUUACUGUGUGGUUUUAUUUUUUGUUGUUUGUUUUAUUUUGAUUUUUUUUU